AAUGCAGUUGGGAAGUGGUGGCCAUUGUCAUCGAUAUUUGACUUCCAAGCAAUAGUGCAGCUUUACUUAACUGGAGAUGACAAGGCACGGGUAUAACAAGAUCUCGCAAGACGACGAAAAGGCUCCGCAGAAGGUUGGCUUUGUUUCUUAUGUUCUCUACCAGUGGAUGAGCAGUGUCUUCAAAACAGGCAAACAACGAGCGUUGGAGCAAAGUGAUUUUUUACCUCUUUCAAAAGAAAAUCGUACGUCAUUCGUAACCGAAAAUCUUCAGGAGAACUGGAGCAAGGAAGAGAGAAAAUGCCAUGAAACUCCGCGAGGACGACCAAAGCUUUGGAAAAGCGUCACACGAACAAUCUCCUUUAGGGAAGUUAUGAUCCUCAUUUGCAUGGGUAUUUUUCGCUCAUUCUUCCGUAUUCCCUCUCCUUUGCUCCUUGGAUAUCUAAUUUCAUCGCUGAUGUCUACGGAGCCACAGCAGAAAAUGUUUCUCUAUGGUUGUGCGCUGGCUCUGAGUAUCAGCUCUUUGAUGCAGAAAGUUUCAUCUCAAACGCUUAUGUACAGGUGUGAAUUAAUGGGAAUAACCCUGAGUAGUGCUCUGAAUGGUCUUGUUUAUCAUAAGACACUUUUACUCAGCAAAGACACAUUAUUACAGUACACAACAGGUAAAGUGAUUGACCUGGUUUCAAACGAUGUUCAGCGUUUGGAAGGAGAGACAAUCAAGUGGAUCUUUUUUGGUUUCUUUACAUUAAUUGAGCUCCUCAUUCUUCCGUUUUUGAUGGUGUAUUACAUUGGCUGGCAGUCUCUUAUGGGAGUACUCUUUUUGUAUCUUCUCCUUCCAUAUUUCGUCUUACUGUCCAAAGGGGGCGCAGUUCUGCGAUUGCAAACAGCAGCGGUCUCUGACCAACGCAUCUCUCUGAUGAAUCAGGUUGUCUCAGGGAUACGUGCUAUCAAAAUGCAUGCGUGGGAAGAUGAAUACCGCCAACAAAUCAAGAAACCACGAAGAGAUGAAAUUGCCAUUAUUCGAAAGAUGUGUGUUCUACGCGCAGGUGUUUUGGCCCUAAGAUUCACUUCUGUUAUCAUUGCAACACUGUUGUCAGUCAUUACCCUUGUGCUGACUGGAGAAACUCUGACACCAUUCAACGUUUUUGUGUUGGUUUCAUUUAACAACAUGCUCGGGAUAGGUAUCGGCACUUUCCUCGGGUUUGCCUUGUUAGAGGGAUACGAAGCUUACGCCUCGCUUGGCAGAAUUGAGGAAUUUCUCCUUUUGAAAAAUUUGCGAAUCAGUUCAAGUGAUCGUUCAAGCCGAAAAGAAACAGAUAAUGAAGCGAGGAACUCAUCUGAGAUAAAGAGGAGUUCAGUAAAUUGCCAGGAAAAUAUUGGAGGUUCUUCCACCUUGAAUGAAUCACAAGAUCAAACGAUAUUGCGUGUAAGAAGUUUGGCGUACAAGCAAAUGGAGCGACAAGACUCCUACAUUCUUCAAGAUAUCGAGUUUUGCACACCUGCAAGUAGUUUAACAGUCAUUACCGGGCCAGUUGGUAGUGGGAAAUCUACUCUUCUAUCUGUGAUCGCUAGUGAAGUUCUAUGCACACACGGAGAAGUAUCCUGCCGAGGAUCUUUAGCGUAUGUUCCGCAGACAGCUUGGGUAUUCUCUGGAACCAUACGAGCCAACAUUUUGUUUGGUUUGUCAUACGAUGAUUCAAAAUACACCAGAGUAAUUGAGGCCUGCGCUCUGACUGACGACUUCCAGCAGUUUCCUGAUACUGAUCACACGCUUGUCGGCCAACGGGGUGUUGUUUUGAGCGGAGGUCAGCGGGCUAGGGUUAGUUUAGCACGCGCAGUGUACGCUAAUGCAGAUGUGUAUCUUUUGGAUGACCCUCUGAGCGCCGUGGACUUCAAAGUUGGACGACACAUAUUUGAAAAGUGUAUCAAAGAACUAUUAAGCGAUAAAACUCGGAUGAUGACCUCUCAUCAAGAAGACCACAUGAAAGACGCUGAUGAAGUGAUCGUGUUGUGUAAGGGGCGUGUGCUGGAAAGAGGGAGUUUCCUGGAGCUGCAAGACAAAGGAAUCCUUAAUAAAACUAUUGACCCGCUCUAUAUGAAGAUUUCAAAAGACAAUGCAGGUGAGAAGUUUGUCAGAGAGAACGAAAAUGAAAGUGUUGGAGCUGCUGCCUGCUUGGCUGGGAUGGAAUCUCCGUCGAAGGAAACCAGGAGUCUUCUGAUGCCACAAGAAGAUCGGGAAAUCGGUGCAAUCUCUUCCAAGCUUUACUGGGACUAUUUCAGAAGCGGAAUGUCAACUUGGAUGAUUUUGGCGAUAAUCCUUUUCUCUUUAAUAGCCCAAGGGAUGUUGGUUGCUCCCGACGUGUGGCUCUCGUUCAUGACAAAGCAUCUCCCUCAAGAUCAGAAAGAUCAAUCAAACUUAGUUAUCUAUGGAUGUCUUGCUGUUGUAUCCCUCAUGUUUAUAUUGACAAGAACAUAUGUAUUACUCUCCUGCUUCUUGCGAUGCUCUGAGCGUCUUCAUGACAAGAUGGUCGUUGCUACUUUACAAGCUCCUGUUUUAUUCUUUGAUUCGAAUUCCGUGGGAAGAAUCCUUAAUCGAUUUUCGAAAGAUAUCGGCUGGUUGGACGAGCAGUUACCAAGGAAAUUUCAACUGGCGAUCGACUCAACCUUAAAUAUGCUUGCAUCACUAAUUGUCCCAGCUGUUAUGAAUCCUUGGCUUAUUUUCAUACUUAUACCGUUGAUUUCGGUUGCAAUAUACCUGUCCACGUAUUAUUUGAAGACAUCCAGGGAACUUAAGAGGUUAGCGUCCAUAAGUCGUAGUCCAGUAUUCUCUCACAUUUCGGAGACCCUUGAUGGACUGGAGACGAUUCGGACCAGAGAGCGACAAAGUGAUUUUGUGGAUCAGUUUUACAGACAUCAUGAUGUUCUGAAUCAAGCAAACAUCUUGGUAAUGGCCGGUGGGAAAUGGAUCAGUGUGCGAUUUGAAAUUCUUACAUCCUUAUUUGUUGGUGCAGUGGCUUUCUCAGCUGUUAUUAUGUCUCAAGAUGCCGCUUUUGCUGGACUUGCCUUGGCUUACGUUGUUCAAAGACUUGCGCGGUCUCAUUACGCCAUCCGAACAACCUCAGAGGUCGAGAAUCUAAUGACGUCAGUUGAACGAGUUAUUACAUAUACCAAGCUUGAAUGUGAGCCUGGAUAUAUGAUAGAACGACGGCCCCCGGAAAACUGGCCAAAUGUAGGAAAUAUCAUAUUCAAAGAAGUAUCCUUGAGAUAUUAUCCAGGAGGACCACAACUCUAA